AGUGUGCAAGAAAAGGUGGAAGAGUCUUCGGGACACCUAUGCCAAGGAGACUAAAAAGGAGAGAGACAGAAACAGGAGCGGUGCAGGCGCAGAUACCACAGGCAAGUGGAAAUAUAUGGCGGUCAUGGCCUUCCUGAAGCCAUUUAUCACACCACGUGAGACCAGUGGCAACAUGCAGGACAGUUUCAUUGAGGACCAUGCUGCUGUGGACAAUGGACCAGAAGAACCAGAGGAGGCAGAAGACGAGUCAGCAUUCGAGGCCUCUGUAUUAGACUACUUUUAUAAAAAGAAAUUAAACACAGAACAGAAAUUCAUCACAACUUUGGGGUGUUAUUUUUUACUUAAUUGUACACAUGCAACAAAUGCAAAUGUGAUGAAGACUGUUGAUAGUGAACUUGGUGUACUUGUGCUAAACACGGCGUUGAAA